AUGCCAGCAACAGUGGCGCCAGGGACCCCGCUGGCGGAGGCCCUAGCAAAUGUAGUGCAACCGAAACUGGUAGAAAUGGGAUGGAGUUCAGAUAGUGGAGAGGAUUCGGCGCUGACGGAAUACGUGAUUCUCAUGUUGGUUAACGGCAAAACUCAAGAUCAAAUCGCCGAAGAGCUUUCAAACGAUCUACUUAACCUGGGAGAGGGCGAUACGCAGGCUGUUGACUUUUCGCGAUGGUUGUUUGAGCAGGUAGAGGUGCUCAACAAUAAUAUCAACGGGCUGUCGUCCAUUCCUGAUGCGGCACCAGCUGCAGCACAGUCGAUACCGGCGAGCAACGAACAGAACGCCUUCGGCGCCCAAGAUCAGCAAGAUGCUACCAUGGGCGAAGCAUCAGGUCCGAGUGACAAUAUACCCACUGGUCCUCGAGCGAUGCGAGAAAACAAUAACCGCGGCAGGGGGCGACUGUUGAACCAGAUCAAUAAGAACCUGGAACGAGGACCUGAUGCAAUGCUUCAUCGCGUGCGCGGACCGAAUAAUAGCGGACGAAUAAAUACACACGGUCGAGAUUUCCAAAAGAACCAACGAGGACAAUUUGGACCGGGCCGCGGUGGUAGAGGUAGGCCAGGAUUCGGGCAGAUGCAAGGACAAGGGGCCGGAAAUAUGAUGCAAAUGACACCUGAAAACCAGAUGCAACUUAUGGCUCUUCUCGAAGAACAAGCGAGAAUGAUGUCUCAGCUCAUGCCCGGGUUUAUGCCACCGGCUGUCAAUCCGAACUUUCAAAAUCAACACCAACAGCAUCAACAGGGUCGGUCACUGUUCGAGCGAGUUGAGCGUCCAAAUCAGCGACAGGGCGGUGACUUCCAGUCAAGGGCUUCUCAAAAUGGCAUUGCUGCCAAGCAAGGUGAUGAUGGUGACAUGGAUACGGCAGAGGACCAGACCGCAGUCGACGGGCAAGCAAGCACAGACAGUGUCUGUCGGUUCAAUCUUCGCUGCACUCGAAAAGAUUGCCCCUUUGCCCAUCAAUCACCAGCAGCCCCCGAAGGCGCGCCAGUUGAUGUCACCGACACUUGCCCAUUCGGCGCAGCAUGCAAAAACAAGAAAUGUACCGGGCGACAUCCAUCACCUGCCGUCAAGGCAUCCCACCAAGCAGAAGAGGUCUGCCGCUUCUUUCCUCACUGCACGAACCCCCAUUGUCACUUCAAACAUCCCAGCAUGCCUCUCUGUCGGAAUGGAGCCGACUGCACGACUGAAGGGUGUAAAUUCACUCAUCUCACCACACCAUGCAAAUUCAACCCGUGUAUGAACCGGACAUGCCCUUACAAGCAUGUGGAGGGUCAGAAGGGAAGCUUCCCGGACAAAGUGUGGAUUGCAGGUCAGGAAAAGCCUCAUGUUAGCGAGCGGAAAUUUGUGGACGAUGAGAAUGGAGAAGAAGAGCUUAUAAAACCUGAUGCAGCUCAAGCGGAGCAAUUCCGGGUCCACACAUCAACCACUGAUGGGUGCUUUAACUCCGCCGUCGAUCAACUGACCAACAGUCAUCAUUUAACGACUCAAUUGCUUCUUAAACAACAUUGCCGCAAAGGCUGUUUAUACGAUCAUAUUUUCAACCGAUGCAUGAAUAGAUUCCCAGCGGCAGCAAUGCGAAGAUACUGCCUCGCCCAUGCGAUUCGACCGAGUCCUCCCACGCUUUUGAGAUCGCCGACGACGUCCCGCUUUAUUAAACAUCGAUUCUUCCACCAUGAGACCAAACCAUACAAUGUCGCGGUGAUCGGAGGUGGUCUCACAGGACUUACAGCUGCUUGGAAAUUACUCCAAGACCCAAAAUGUCAGAAAAUUACACUCUACGAAAAGUCCCCGCAGGUUGGAGGUUGGCUCCAGUCAGAGAGGAUUGAGGUUGGGGGUGGGAAAUAUGUGGUGUUUGAACAUGGGCCGAGGACGAUAAGGGUAGCUGAUCCUGCUGUCAUGCCGAUGUUGGAUUUGCUUUUUGGUCUGGAUUUGACAGAGCAAUUAGUCCUCAUAAGCAAGGGGUCACCGGCCUCCCUCAAUCGCUAUAUCUACUACCCAGAUCAUUUAGUACGGGUGCCUGGCCCCAAGCCCGAGGGAGGAACGUUAGGUACAAUAUGGGAAGCCAUUACGACUCUAUUCACAGAACCUUUAUUUAAAGGGACUGUAAUGGGAAUCGUGAAAGAACCUGCCGUGGAAGUACGUUCAGACCUUAGAAAGGACGAAUCAGUUGGGGACUUUAUUUCACGCCGCUUCAAUCCCACUAUGGCCGACAACAUUGUCUCGGCAGUUCAUCAUGGAAUUUAUGCAGGCGACAUCUAUAAGCUAAGCGCCGACGCUAUUAUCGGAAUACCACGGCUUCUUGAAGCCAAACACGAGUCUGUUAUCAUUGGUGUGGUAGAUAACAGUCAACAAAAGAGGAAAAUUCUUCCAGCUGAUUAUUUACUGGCGAUGUCCUCGGUAGUAGGGCAACGGCCACUGGGCCACUUUGACCGUUUGCGCAAGUUGGUGAGGCCCGCGAGCGUCUUCACGAUUAGAGAUGGCAUGGCGGAAAUAGCGCGCGCAUUUGAGAGAGUUUUCAAGGAACACUCUGAGAAGAUCCAAGUCGUGACGGACGCUCGGAUCAGCGAUAUCAAAAGGGAGAAGGACCACAACAUAACGAUAUCGUUGAACGCAGGAAACGAGACUACGUCCCAGACCUUCAACAGAGUCAUCUCCACCGCACCACCUACUGAAAUGGCGAACCUCAUUGCAGCAGGUUCAGAAAAUGAUAGUCAAAAACCCAUUGAGUCAAUAUCACGACUCCGAGCACACAACUAUGCCGUAAAUGUAAUGGUCGUCAACCUAUUCUACAACGAACCCAAUCUCAUCCCUUACCGAGGCUUCGGCUAUCUCAUUCCUCGCAACAUCCCCUUUGAGCAGAACCCGGAGCGUGGGUUGGGAGUGAUUUUCAGUUCAGAGACGAGUGAACACCAGGAUACAGCAGUCGGGACAAAACUGACUGUGAUGAUGGGCGGUCACUGGUGGGAUGGUUGGGCAGAGUCGGAUUUCCCUGAUCCGGAAAAGGCGACGCUUAUGGCCCGCUCGUUGCUGAAGCGACAUUUGGGUAUUGACGCAACACCUGUCGUGACUAGGGCGAGACUUCAGCGAAACGCUAUCCCGCAGUACACCGUGAAUCAUCUGUCGAAAAUGCAGGGACUUUCAGAUGCAGUUCGGGAGGACUUUGAUAGACGCCUCACCUUAGCUGGGAAUUGGUAUGGUAUGCAUGGUGUGGGUGUUAAUGAUUGCGUGAUUCAGGGAUAUCUAGCGGCUACUUGGGGCGUGGAUUCGAUCGAGGGUGCUACUAAAUUCUCGUCUGGUAUGCCGCCUGAUCUAAUGGAGCAUCAAGCAGGCGGUAUUCCGACUUCGUCGAUGCGGUAUUUGAUGCAGCAAGCGCACAAAAUCAAGGCUAAUUAA